AUGUGUAAAACUUAUGCUGAAGCGUUUUGGGGUGGUGAUAUCAGCAGCUGUGCAGGCUAUGAAGCUUUGGUGAAACGUAAUUAUGACAGCAAGAAGAUGUGCCAGGAGCUGGAAGAAUACCUCAAGAAAAGGGCCAAGCUGGAGGCAGACUACAGCAAAAAUUUGCAAAACCUGGCCAAGUGUUUCAGGCAGAGAGAAGAAGUUGGAGUCCUGGAGAAAGCAAUCAACAGAUUCAGGACUGAGAUUGAAGCUGUGGCACAGUCUCACGCCAGUGCUGCUACAAUCUUCCAGCAACAGUCAGAUAAUGUCAGGAAGUUCAAAGAAAAUCAGACAGCUCAACGAAAGGCAGUAUGUAGUAACUAA